AUGGCCGAGACAUCCCGCCCCUCAGACGUUGGCAUUGUGGCCAUGGACUUCUACGUCCCCGCCACGUGUGUCGACCAGGCCGAGCUCGAGAAGCACGACGGCGCUUCGACCGGCAAGUACACCAUUGGCCUCGGCCAAACCGCCAUGGCGUUCACUGGUGACCUCGAGGACAUCCAUUCGAUCUGUCUGACGGUUGUCUCCUCGCUCGUUGCCAAGUACGGCAUCUCGUACUCUGACAUCGGUCGGCUCGAGGUCGGCACCGAGACCAUCAUUGACAAGUCCAAGUCAGUCAAGUCGGUCCUCAUGCAGCUCUUUGCCGAGUCCGGCAACGAUGACGUCGAGGGCAUCGACACCACCAACGCGUGCUACGGCGGAACCAACGCGCUCUUCAACUCGAUCAACUGGAUCGAGUCGUCGGCGUGGGACGGCCGCUACGCCCUGGUUGUCGCCGGUGACAUUGCGGUGUACGCCGAGGGCAACGCGCGCCCGACCGGUGGCUGUGGCGCCCUCCGCGCCUCGCACUUUGAGCACACGUACGACUUUUACAAGCCCGACCUCUCAUCCGAGUACCCGACCGUCGACGGCCCGCAGACCAUCAAGUGCUACCUCCGCGCCCUCGACCGCUGCUACGACAACUACAAGGCCAAGUUUGAGAAGGUGACCGGCGAGCCGUUCAACAUCAACGCCAUUGACUACGCCGCCUUCCACUGCCCGUUCAACAAGCUUGUCAUCAAGUCGUUUGGGCGCUUCCUCUACAACGACGUGCGCACCAACCCAGAGGCCUUUGCCGACGCCCCCGAGCUCGUCACCGCCGCCGCCGUCGCCGAGGCUGACUCGUACGAGAAGGGCAUCCUCGCCGCCUUCCUCAAGCCCAACGCCGAGCGCUUUGAGCGCGUCGUCGGCCCCUCGGUCGCCAUGUCCAAGCUCUGUGGCAACAUGUACACCGCCUCGGUCUACGGCGGCCUCCUCUCGCUCAUCGCCAACCUCGACGACGACGCCCUCGCCGGCAAGCGCAUCUUCAUGUUCUCCUACGGCUCCGGCAUGGCCUCCUCGCUCUUCUCGCUCACCGUCAAGGGCUCGCUUGCCUCCAUCCGCGAGAAGACCGACGUCGUUGCCCGCCUUGCCGCCCGCACCGUCCGCACCCCCGAGGAGUUUGUCGCCAAGCUCGCUCUCCGCGAGGCUGCCCACGGCUCCGCCCCCUACACCCCACUGACUCGCACGAUGACCUCCUCCCGGACCGAGGGCUCCUCCAGUGCUGGCUCCUAUGAGAGCUACGACAGCCACGAUGAUGAGGUCUUCAGCCUCAUGGUCAAGCACAAGUCCACCCAGCUCGUCACUGACAUCAUGAGCCGCAAGCGUGCGCUUUAUGAUGCCGCCAAAGAGUACCACAUCGACCUCAAUGCGUGGAAGCACCAGUUCAACAAGGUCUUUGCUCGGCAGGUCGAGGCGCGGAUCCUGGACAACAUGGUCGACGACGUCUCAGUCAACGUCAUGUACACGCUGCUCGACAAGUUCGGCGACGUCGCGUCGCGGCAGGAGGCCUUUGUCAUGUACCUCACGACGCUGAUGGACGCGUUUAACUCGCGGUCUAAGAAGGUCAAGGGCGUUCCCAAGGACGAGGCCGAGAUCAUUGUUCUCCACGAACUCCGCAACCCGGUGCUUUACUCGUGCGUCCGCGACUGGUACAACACAUACAACGUCGUCAACGCCGCCGUUCUCAGCAAGCGCGGAAUCAAGUCCAAGACCGCGCGCCGAAAGCGCGAGCACGCCGUCUCGUCAUUCUUCCGCUCGCGGAAGCGCGGCAAGGCCGACCCGGCCGAGGCCGUCGACCUCUCGUCGGCUUCAGUCGACGGUGGCUCAGACCUCGACAUCUCCGGCUCCGAGUGGAUGGACGUCUCCGAGACCUUUGUUGAAGAGACCGACGAUGGCGCCGGCUCGAGCACGGUCGGCAAGGGCAAGAGCAAGGGCAAGAAAAAGUCCAAAAAGUCCAAAAAGUCCAAGAAGAACAAGACGUCCAAGGACAAGGGCAAGGGCAAGGACGAUGCCUCGGAUGACACCGACUUUGCCUACCAGCCGCCCGAGCUUGAUGCCGAGUACGAGUUCGAGAACGACCUUGACAUGGAGUGGAACGACGAGUUCCAGUACCAGAUCUUUCGCCUCCGCGAACCCACCAUGGCCACCUAUGACGCCGAGACAGGUCGCGCGGUCGAGGAGGGCGCCAAGAAGGCUGCUGACGAAGGGGAGGACGGCAAGGAUGACGACAAGGACGACGACAACUCGUCAUCGACUUCGAGCUCGGACCGCGCCCGCAUGCAAAAGCGUGUGGAUCCGGCCACCGCCGUCGAAGUUGUCCUUUCCAUCACCGACAAGUUCUCAUCGAUGUUCAACAACCCCAAGAUCAAGAAGCUGCCGCGUAGCGAGCGCGAGGCCGCCAAGACCGCCGCCCAAAAGUCGAUGUGGAACACGCUCAUGCGCCUUCGCACCCGCCUCCUCAAGGAGACUCUGCACCGCGUCUACUCGACCCUGCAGUCGACGUACUGCAGCCAGGCGCUCAAGGUCCUCGAUGACUCGGUCUACCAGCGCCGCAUCAUCCCUUCCAACGAGCACAAGGACGACGUCGCCAUCCGCAUGCUCGCCCUCCGCGUCUCCACCAAGGCCGCCGCCUACCUCCGUGCUCUCACCACCGAGGCAUUCAAGGGCUACUACGCCUACCGUUCUGAGCUCUUUGACGAAAUCAUCACAAACACCGGCGAGAAGGAGGCCCGUUUCGCCGCCUUCUUCAAGAUCUUUACCAAGUACAGCAUUGGCGCCGCCAAGGACCUUGCGCCGCUCAGCUCCACAUCUGUCGCCCGUGCCUGGGAGGAGGCGUACAAGCUUGGUCGCAAGUACCCGAUCUACCAGCCGGCUCCUGAGUCGCUGCCCUCUUCCAACUCGUACGACUCCGACAACGAGUCGACCGCAGACUACUCGGCCUACGAGUCAACUCGCUACGACGUCUCCACCUCGGCCCUCGACGACGACGACGCCGGCGACAACGACGACGACGCCGGCAGCGGGCCCGCAGCCUUUGACUUUGGCGCCGAGGAGACAGAUGCCGGUGACGAAGACAUGUUCCUCUUUGCUGCUGUCUCCACCGACGCCGAAACGGAUGCAUGUGGCACCACCGGCUACGACACCGAUGGCACCGACGGCACCGACGGCACCGACGGCACCGAUGCCGACUUUGGCGCCACCACCACUGACUACGACACUGACGCCGACUUUGGCGCCACUACCACCGACUAUGAUGAUGAGCAGCAGGAAAACCUGACGUCAACUCUGGCCUCGUCGUCCUCGGCCAGCUCCUCGUCAUGCUCGUCUUCCAUCGCCUCGCGCUCGUCUUCGUCGAGCGCCGAGUACCGCGUUCUCUUCACCCGAGCCAGGCUCAUCUCAGAGCAGCAGGAGGCCCGCUCAACCGAAGACUCGACUGCCACCGACGAUGAUACCACCGCCACCGACGGCGACGGCUACGAUGAUGACGACGACGACGACGACUAUGACGACGACUAUGACGGCUACGACGACAGCGACGACGACGCCACGUCGACCUACAUCUCGUCUAUCAUCUCCGACCUCGAGACCUCAAGCUCGUCUGCCAUCGAGGGCCGCGUCGGCAUCGCCAUCGAUGCCAUCGACACCGCAUCCUCGUUCUCGUCAUCUGGCUCGGUCGACGAUCUCGAGAAGGCUAGCAAGAAGGUCCGCAAGAUGGAUGAGGUUCUGGUCAAGAACCCCAAGAAGGUUGCCGCGUGCUACAAGGCUGCGCUCAAGUACCGCGAGGCGCGGUUCGAGAUGGCCCAGCUCCAUUCGCUCUUCCAUGAUGCUGUCAUCCGCGUCGGCGAGGCAAAGGAGCGCAAGCAGUACGAGCGGAGCGUGAAAAAGGUCUGGUUCCCAGCCCGCAAGGCGCUCCUCGAGUUCAAGGUCACCAAGCUCUACAUCCUCACCGCUCAGCAACGCCACGAGCAGCAGACCGUUGACGCCAUCGAGCGCAAGCUCCGCGAACUCCGCUCCGCCGCCGACUCGCAAAAGGCCCAGACCGAGCGCAACGACCUCCUCGAAGCUCAGAAGAAGGCCCGGUUUGCCCUCACCACCGCCUCGGACAAGUUUGCCAAGGUGGCCAAGGACAUUGCCCAUGAAACCGUCUACGGCUUUAUGUACGGUCUCCUUGGUCGUGUCCUGCCCAUCAUCGCCUUCUCGCCGACGUUUGCCAUCGAUCUCUACGAGCAGUGCUACAUGGAUGCCCGCGAAGACGAGUACCGCCUCCGCCGCAAGGUCCGCAAGCUCGGCCGCAAGUGGGUCACUUUUGUGCAGGACAUCUGCCCCUCGCUCGAGGCCUACAACUCCGAGCUGCAUCACACCCGCGAGCGCCUCCGCGACUACCAUCGUGCCCUCGAGCGGACCCGCCUCCACUCGCUGGAAGCGCUCUUCCUCCAGGAGCAGGCGUUUUCCUCGCAAAAGACGUUCUGGGAGCAGGUCAUGUCUGAGAUCCGCGCCGCCAAGAGCGACAUGACCAGCCGCGUUGGCCCGUGGUUCAACACGCCCAACCCUGAGGCUGCCACCCUCAUCGAGACCAAGCUCACCCAGCUCGCCUCGCUCUACCAGCAGCGAUCCGUCCGUGCAACCGCUAACUUUAAUCAGUUCUCAGCCAAACUCGACACCGCCGUCGCCGAGGAGCGCGAUGUCAACGCUCAGGUCGAGGCCGAGGUCGAGACUGUCCUUGCUUCAGUCAUUUUCCACGUCCCCGAGAAGGAGGAGUCGAUGUGCGACAAGGUCUGGUCGUGGCUCAUUGCCGUCCUCUGCUGGUCGGGCACCUGUGGCGGCCUCUUUGCCACCUUUGGCCGCGAGCUCCAGUCGUCGGCCGCGGUCAAGUACCACACCUCCCGCGCCCUCAAGUGGAACAUUCACCGCAUCCUCCUCUACCUUGGCUUUGUUGUCGGUGCCAUCUUUGGCCUUGUCUACUUUAUGGCACUCUCGUCAUCGUCAACGCGCAUCGAGCUUGCUGCCCCAGCCGCGGGCUCGGUCCUCUCGGUCUCGGUCCAGGCCUGCUUCCUUCGCCUUGGCGUUGGGCCACCAGGCUCGCCGUUUGUGUUCUUCCAGGAAAGCAACCGGUUUGGCGAGUUGGCGGCGACAAACAGCUCGUCCGUCGCCAUCACGCUCCCGUCGUCCGAGUUUGACAACCCAAACAUCCCUGUUGACUUUGUGCCGCUCACCGGCAUCCGCCCGUGCCUUGUCGACCUCACCGUCCCGUCCGGCUUUGCCGGCAAGCUGGCCAUCAAGGCCAUUGGCGAGCAAGAGUCGGAGAUCGAGGGCUCGCUCGUGCUCGACGCUGCCACCGGCAUGCUCGACAUUGCUGGCAAAAUUGUUUACGCUGAGCUCUACGAGCUCCAGGGCGCGGACAUGCACGCCCAGGUCGAGGCCGGCUCAGUCCAGGUUCACUCGCUGCGGACGGCGACGUUUGACGUCAACACCACUUCGGCCGACGUCACCCUCACUUCGCCCAACGCGCUCAGCGUGGCGGUUGCCUCGCCCAACUCGUACUACUGUGCCGUGGCAGCCGGCCCGGGCUCGUCGUCAGGCGGCGUCGGCUCGCCGGCCGGCUCACCGUCGGGCUCGGUGUCUCUCGCGCCCGAUGCCUCGGGCUCGGCUGCUGUCACCAACGGGUCUGUGGCGUCGGCAUCGGGAGUCAUUGCGCUCCAGUCCGUGCCAGCGCGGACCAAGGUGGCCAGCUACGGCUUUACGCUUGCGGCGAACACAACGUCGCUGCAGGUUCAGGCCAACCUGCCCAACCUCUCGCCAGCCGACCAGGCGCGCGUGGCGGAGCUCAUCGAUCCUGUGCUCAAGGAGGGCGAGGUCCAUGUCGCCGAGUUUAUCAAGUUCAAGGUCCGUGGCGCCGGUGCGCUCUCGUCAGGCUUUUGGUACUACACUACCAACGAUCUGUUUGCGCUCCUCACGCCGGACCUCGCGCAGUUCUUUGGCCUCACCAUGAUCUCGCCGCCGGUCUCGCGCGCCUCGUUUGCGCAGCAUCCAGGACUCUGUCCGUUUGACGCCUCGCCGGUGGCCGCCGAGUACGCCAACGACGCCCGGAUGGCGCAGACGGCGGACAUGCUCUCGCUCUACUUUAACGACAUUGACGGCAUUCUCACGUGGCGGCUCUCGGCCGAGGACUGUCUCAACGAGUUUGUCGAGUCAGACGUGCCAGGCAGCGAGCGGGCGCGGUGCAUUUCGAUGUGGAACCGUGGCAAGACGACUGUCAUCAUUGUCUUUGCGCUUGUGCUCUCGAUUCUCCUCGCCAUCGCUCUCAUGUCGUUCGGCGUCUACUUUUACGCUGUCCAGGAACGCCGCCUCCAGCAGAACAUGCUCGACGACCACAAGUUUGCGGUCCUUGCCGACGGCGAGUCGGUUUGGUCCGAGUUUGAGGAGCGGCGCGUGGCCCAGUUUAUCAAGCGCAAGCUCUCGUUCUUUUUCUAUCUGGAGAUGCUCCUCCCGAACGCCACGCCCGAGGAUGCGCGCGCCGACCAUGUCAUUGUCGCCGAGACCACCCACAACUUGUUCUAUGAGGUCUGCACUGUUCUUGUCCAUGUGGUGGCGGUCAACCUCCCGAUCAUUCCCUCGAUGUUUGCCACGGUCUGGUUCUGGCUCGCUGCAACCUCGCUCGACUUUUUCGCCUCGUGGCACCGCACUACCAUCAUUCUCAUCUGGGUUCUUGACGGCAUCUAUCUUGCCCUCGCCACGCUCUUCCUCUGCAAGUACUACCUUUCCAUCAAGCGGGUGGUGCUCGGCGAGCACCGGCGGAUCAACACGGCCGAGUGGUCGCGCCUUCGCCGCUCUUUCCACGCCGUCGUCCGCUCUGCACUCAAGAUUGCCAAGGUCGCCUACCGCUGGGUCGGCUACGUCUGCGUCUUUGUCUCGCUCAUUUACGUCUCGGGCGUCUUCCUCUGGGUCACGCUUGGGGUGUUCAUCAACCCGGCCGGCGCCAUUCCGGUCUUUGUGGCUAUCAUGGCGGUGGUGACGCAUGUCGUGACGCUCCGCCAGCGACUGACCUCGUUCUUUGAGCGUCUCCGCGACAUGCUCGAGGCCAAGGUCCAGGAGCUCAUCGAGGACAUGCUCCCCGCCGAGCUCCUUGGCUCGUUUGACCGCAUUGCCACCACCGGACAGAUUUCGUCAAUUGCGGCGACCAAGCUUGCCGAGGCCGGUGUCAACCCGGACCAGCUGCAGGGCUACCUCCGUGUCGGCUUUGUCCCGCGCUCGUUCCAGGCCAAGCUCUACGAGCGCGCUGGCGUGGUGACGACUGGCCUGGUUGGCACCUCGGCCGGCUCGGGCUUCCUCGUCAAGGAGACACGAAAAGACACUGUCUCGCCAGCGUUUUCCGCCGAGAUCAAGGCUGUCGGUCUCUCAGUCCCCCAGCUGCAGACCGUCUUCCGCUCGGGCCUCGCCUCGAGUGACGUCCUCCGCAAGCUUGAGAUUGUUGGCUUCAACACGGCGCUCCUCGAUGGGCGCGUCUUUGACGAGAUUGCGCUCGGCACAUUUGGCUCGGGCGCCGGAGUCUCGGACCUGGAAGUCGCACUCGUCGAGCUUGUCGGCGUCGACAUCCCGCUGCACCUCACGCCGGAUGAGUUCCUCAUUGAGCUCCAGACUGGCGUGCAGACCGGGUACGUCUCAAGCCAUAUCCGCAAGGCGCUGGCCUUUGCCGGCAUCAACACCACCUCUCUUUCGAGGAUGAUCUUUGACCGGCUCGCCAACUCGUCGUUCAUUUCGGCGGCCGACAACGCUGAGCUCCGCAAGCACAGCAUCGACCCGUACGAGCUCUUCCACGCCCUGCACUCGCUCGAGGACGCGUCCGACUGGCCGAUUUCGGUGAUCAAGAAGGAGCUUCCGCCGGCGCUUCAGACCAAGCUUGCACGGGUCUCGGGCGCGGACCAGAUUCUCACCAAGAUGGUGUCGGACGUCGAGUCGGACCCGCCGGCCGAGCUGGUCCACGAUUUGGAGAAGCGCGGCCUAGAGCUGUUCGACGUCAAACGCCAGCUGGGCCGCGGCUACGUGAGCCAGAGCGUGCGCGAGAAGCUUGCAGACCUUGGCUACGACGUUGACUUUUUGGCAUCGGACGUGCUCUCUGCGCUUCAGUCUGGAUGGGUCCCGCCGACCAAGCUGCGGACCCUGCUCCAGCAGACGACGAGUGUGUCGCUUGCGGCCAUUCGCGGCGCGCUGCAGACCUCGUUCAUGCCGGCCGAGGUGUACACGGCGCUUCGCGAGUGCGGGCUCGAGCCUGCAUCGCAACUUGAAUCUGUCCUCGAGCAGCUGAUUCAGGGCUUUGUUCCGUCGUCGCUCGUCAACCGCGUGUACGCACUCGCCGAGCGGGAGCAGCGCAACGACGCCAUUCUCCAGGGCGAUGGUGAGAUUCCGCCGUUUUCGCGGAACCAGCACAAGGCCUCUGUGGAUUACAGGAUUGAGACUGUGGUGAGCGGCCUGCGCUCGGGCGAGCUCGAGUCCAGUGCCGUCUCCUAUCUCCGUGAGUGGGGCGUCGACACCUCGCCGAUUCUGGUCAACGACGAGACGAGUGCGCCGCUGCUUCACCAGCUUCGGGUAGGCUUUGUCUCGAGCGAGUACCGCGGCAAGGUGCGUGACGCGUUUGGCCUUCAGCCCACGGAUCUGUACGUCAACUCGCUCAUUGGCCAUCUCAUGCGUGAGGUCAUGCGGCAGGGCAUCAUUCCGCCGCGGGUCAAGACUGCGUUCCGGAUGGUGAUGCAGACGAGCAGCUCUGUGUCGGUCUUUGACAACAUCGAGCUCUGUGACGAGAACAUUGUCAACGCGCUGUUUGAGCCGCAGUUUAGCCAUGUCGUCCAGCAGCUCUCCCGGUUCGGCGUCAACGUGACGGCGCUGGAGGACCAGCUGAGCAACAAGGAUGUGCAGGGGACGACGCGCGGGCGGCGUGACCCGUACCUCGAUGAGGACAUGCGGCGCGGGCUCGAAUCCGCCGGCAUCAAUGUCGACCGCCUCGACCAGGAGCUGAUGUACUUGCUGCGGACGACGACGCGCGAGACGCUCGACCUGCACUACCCGCGGGUGGCAGAGGCGCUGGCGCGCGCGGGGCUUGGCCUCGCGGCGCUGCAGUCUGAGCUUAUUCACGGCGAGGUGAGCAGCAAGACGAUGGCCGGCGUGACGGCAAUGGGCGUCAACCCAGCGGUUGUCGAGCCGUCAGGCGCGUUGUUCUUCCAGCUCAAGGCUGGGUUCAUCGCGACGUCGGCGUCGACAAUGUUCAAGGCGGCGCAGGUCGACCCGUGGGCGCUCCGCGACGAGCUGCUGGAGAACCAUGGCCUGCUGCGGUUCGAGACGCUCGAGCAGCUGGCAAGCGGUAUGGACUGCUCGCUCUUCCAGACCGUGUGGAACUUUACCACCAACACCUCUACAGGCGGGCAGUCGAUCAAGGUCUUUGUGCCCGAGAGCGUGCAAAAGUUCCUUCCCCGAAACAUCGGUGCGACGGUGGAGACGCUUGAGUCGAUGUACGAGAAGGAGGGCAGCAAGAACGAGGAGGGCACGCAAAGCAGCUUCAACCUCGCCAGCCUCGCGGUGCGGACUGUGGCAACCAACGACUCGCCGGCACGUGCCGAACUUGCCGCACUCCGCGGGCAGCUCGGCGACGCGGUCGACGAGGACAUCAACGAGCUGACGGUGCGGAUCGGCGAGAUGCGCGAAAAGGUGCGCGCCCGCAUGGGCAAGGACAAGGAGUACUCGAAGCGGGUGCGCAAGGAGAUGCGCUCGCGGCAGGCCGAGCUGGCUAAGCGCGCCAAGGCCAUGCGCGACCAGGCGCGUGGCGACGCCGAGCGCGCCAUUCAACGCAAGCGCGAGUCGAUCGAGAAGAACGCGCAGGCCAAGUUCCAGCAGCGCAAGGCCGAGGCGCUGGCGGCCGUCAACCAAGCACGGGCACGGACGGCCGAGGUCGCCGCCCGCGUCUCCGAGGCUGUCCGGCGAGUCAUGGCCCUCUUUGGCCUCUCCAUGCGCGCCAUUGUCGCCAUGAUCAUUGUCUCGACCGCGCUCCUCAUCGCCACCGUCGUCUUCCUCCUCCUCGGCAUGUCGGCCCUCGCCGGCACCUCGUUUGUCUCGGCCGCCGUCUCGUCCGGCCUCACCAUCGCCGCCGCUCUCGGCAUCAACCAAAAGCAGGCGUCGUCGGCCAUGGCCGUCGACCCCAACGAGGCCAUCGCCAAGUUUAUGCGCUACAUCCAGUCCGAGGUUCUGGAUCUGCUGGCAUAACGCUUUAAUCCAUGCGUCUCCGUGUCGGCCGCUAUCACGCGCGGGCGCGCCUCCCACCUCAGGCCGCAGGCCAAGCAGGCGUCGCGCAGCGUCGGCCGGUGACCUGGAAGUCAAGCAUCAUCGAGAUGUUCACUUUGAGACGCGCAACAACGCGUCCGAACGACCGCACCGAUUAGGGUUCAUAAGUGCUGCGGGGGAUAUCCCCCUGCGCAGUGGCUGCCUUUGCUGUCGUUGUUGCGCCAAUUGAACUCGCACCGUUUUUCCCA